UUUGCCAUGUGUCCAUCAGCGGUGUCCAUCUCUAUGUUUACCACACCGCUUCCUGAGUGACAUGCAUCAUGGCGUUCAUCAGUAAGAUAGAAAAGGCAUCUCCAGGCCUGUAUGCAGCAGUUGGAUUUUUAAUUCUGGGCUUGAUCUUAUUGAUUGUGGGUGUUACUGUAAACAUCAAAUGCAGCAAUGAGAAGUCGCGGACAUCACCUUCAAGUGCCGGAGGCCAGCGAAAUAUCACUGGACUCAAAGAGUUUUGCAAGUACUCACCGGAAGCAGAGAGAAUCGGCCUCGAAUCGUUCCUCAAACGAGUAAAGGAAGCCUAUUACGGAAAUAUGCCUAACCAGGUCGCUUAUGACCCUGAUGUGAAGUUCAACGACCGAUUUGAAGACUUGAAGAAAAGGUAUUUCCCAUAUGAUCCACGUCCCGAGGCUCUGAAGCGAAAGACAGAUGCGGCCUUGAAGUUGCUGGCAGAAUUGAACAGAGUCAAACAUGACCCUAACAAACUGAAGCCAAGGGAAAACAGAGUCAUUUACCAGGUCAAACAUUAUUUAAAGACAAUAUUUGGCGCUCCAUACGACACCAAUUUUUACGCUGGGGACUGGAUGCUUGGCCCAAAUUAUUUCUGUUGGCAGCCAAUAUGUAAUAUGCAAUACGAUGUGAAUGCUCUUGGCUUUUACUCAAGGCCAAAAACAAAGGAGGACAUCGAGCAUCUUAUCAAAAAGGUCACAAACCACAGCAUCACUGUCGACAACUACAUAGCGAACCUCAAGCUGGGGGUGAAAGCCGGAAUGAUUCGUGCAAAAAUCGACUGCCAAUCUGGGUUAGAUGCAUUCAAAGAACGUCACAAAAUUUUAUCUAAAGAAGGAAAGGGCUCCGCUGUUCUCAAAGAAUGGUUUUCAUUUCAAUACAGAUCAAAAAGCCUUUAUGAAAAGAUCAAUAAAACUGUAAGUGAUGCGUGGUUGUCUGAAAAGGGCAAGAGCGUCGAAGAAUCUGUCAAAGAAGCAUUGGUGACAGGCGUGGGAGAUCCGCUCGUCAAACUUAUCAAUUAUCUGGAGUUCAAUCACUCAAAGCAUUGUUUGCCGAAUGACUUGAGCAGUGGACUGGGGAAUCUGCCGGUAUCACACGUCUAUGUGAACAGCGUCCCAGGCAAGGCAACAACGAAGAAAAUGCCACUAACAGGAGAAACUCUUAGUGGAAAAGAGGGGUACAAGAAAAUUCUCUACUACUUCACGACGUUUGAUAUUAGCGCAGAGGACAUCAAAACUGAAGGAGAGAAACAAUUGAAAUAUUUUUACAACCAGAGUAUUGAAAUUGCGAAGAAGAUAAUGAAGGAUGCAAAAGAUACAGACGAUGCAGUUGCAAAGUUCAGAAAGUACCUAGAUAGCGACGAGAUGUGGCAUGGAACUGUGAAGUUCCCAGACAACGAAUCCAACGCAGAAGCUUAUAAAAAAUGCAACAGCCACAAAACUGCGAAGAUAUAUUGUCCAGUUCGUUGGAGAAGCCUAAUGAUUUGGGCUGAGUAUUUCCAAACUGUCAUGUCUAUGAUAUACCCAAAACUUGUGACGCUGUUUAACUUCAGUGGAGAUAAGAACACUGUCCCAAACUGUCCCAUUGAGAUGGAGCCACACUAUAACCCUUCAAAUGGCGCUCAAUAUUUCCAGAAAAGUGACGGAAAGUGCUCCUCGACAACAAGAUUUGGCAUGCCAUUUUUCCUGGAAAAAUACGGGCCUAAGUAUCAAGAAUGGUCACUUACUGGACACGAAGCUCGCCCUGGGCACCACACGGAAUAUCAAGGAACAGAAGAACACUUUAGAGACAGGUGCGGUGGCUUGCCGAAUUGGUUUGACAAACAAGGCUACUACAUCGCGUUCACCGAAGGCUGGGCUCUCUACGCUGAGAACCCAUUGCUAUCUGAUGACGUAGAUUUAUAUAAGGAAAACAUGCUGCAGAAGUAUGGCAUGUACAAAUGGCAGACUUGGAGGGCAGUGAGACUGAUUGUGGACACUGGAUUGCAUUACAGAGGGAAGAAUAUGACCUGGGCACGGAAGAUGUUCGAAGAUUAUACAUGGGACACUGGUGAUUUUGCCAGGAAAGAAAUUGUUCGGUACAUGAGUGACCCAGGACAGGCUUUGGCCUACAUGCUCGGCAGACUGGAGAUUCUGAAAAUGCGGAGGAAGGCUGAGAGAGAGCUGGGCUCGAAGUUCGAUCUCAAAGACUUUCAUUAUCAGCUUUUAUCGCAAGGCUCAUCUCCUAUAGCGUACCUCAAUACCCAUAUCAAUCGCUACAUAGAAUGCAUUAAAGACCGCAAACUACCAAUGUGUGAGUAUAUUCUCACACCGCUACGAUCUCUCAAAGAUGACUUGCAGGCGACUGUCGUAAUGGACACCGGGCCGAAUGUUCCACCUAUUUUGAGAUACACCUAAGUUGGUUCUGCGCCAUUCAGAAAACAACUUCGCUGUUUUUAAUAUAUAUAUAUAUAUACUAUGCAUCCACAGAUGAUAUUUUACAGAAGCUAUUCCUUUUUUAAGCACUA